UCUGGAUGGCUAUAAAAUAUGAGUAAUGGUUCAACAUUGUUAGUUUUGUUGAAACACGGAAAACCUGAAGAUGAAGAUUUUGAUCCUCACCGCUUUGAUCCUCACUUUUAGUGUGGUUGUACUAAGUGAGCCUCCAAUACCACCAGUUUGUCGGUUAACACUUGAUAAAAUGGAGAAGUAUAUGACGUGUGCAAGAGAAAAGUCUCCUGCCUGGUUUUUUAAAGAAUACGAUGACUGUAAAAAUGAAGUUAUGCCUGGCACAAACGAUGUAGAAGCUCUAGGAAAAAUAUGUAAAGGAGAAGAAACAGGAAUGACGCUUAUCAUGUGUAUCGGUCCUGCAAUUAGACAAAUAGAAGAGGAGCUGAAACAAGUUGAGGAAGAGUGUCUGCGUCUAGUGGAGGCUUAGGUGCUUUUAAGCUGUAAGCAAACUGAUGGUAUAUUCUCUUUUGCAUAGCACAGUGUGACUCACACAUUUUGGGGUCUCAUACAUGUUAACGCUAACUUUUCAAUUUCAUCACGUUUGCUAUUUUAUGUUUUUUAAAU